AGAUAAAGCCAUAAACAAACCAACCACAGAUUUUGGAUGGAUGCAGCGCUGAGUAAUCCUAAAUGUAAUAUGACUAAACCUUACUCUUUAAUAUUUACAUAUUUUUAACAGCCCUUGCGUUUGUAGACAUCCAUUCAUUGACAGCAAAAUUAUCGUAAUUAACCCACACAAAAGGGGGCGGUAUUGCAAUCUCUGCUACUCUUGUGACGUUCAUACGUUUUCUUUUCACAGUCUAUGGUUCACACACACACAACAUACUCGUAAUCCACGUGAGUUAAACAAUAGGAACUGAUACACGUUCAUUCUACAAAAUGUCCAAACUACAUCUGCUGCAUGUGUUUCUUACCGAGCGAUUAACAGCGGCGGCUGUUGAGAUAUUUGUGGUCGUGGAAAAAACGGUAUCAGAGUACCAGGAAGAAAUCUCCCGUUCAAAGGAGGAGAUCGAUCGUCUACGGAUGCUGCUGGAUGUCGUUACUCAACCAAAGAUACAUUUGCAUAAAGCAGAUCCCCAGCAUCUAAUACUCCCUGUCCCUGAAGAGGGAGAGCAGCAGCACUGUGAGCAGGAGUGGUGGUGCACCAGUCUGGGGCAGGAGGACCCAGAGCCCAAACAGAUUAAAGAGGAACAGGAGGAGUUUGGGACAGGUCAGGAGGAAGAGCAGCUUCAGGGUCUGGAGUCUGAUAUCAAAGAGUUCAUAAACAAUCCUUCCUUUGUGAAAAGUGACUGUGAUCAGGACCCACCUCAGCCCUCACAUCUUUACCAAACCCCAACGGUGGAGAACAGAGAGAGGGAUCGUAUGAGGACACACACUGGAGAGAAACCAUAUCAGUGUAGUGAAUGUGGCAAAUGCUUCAGCCAGAAGAUAUACCUGGAAGAACAUAUGGUGACUCACAAAAGAGAGAAACCACAUCAAUGUGAAGACUGUGGUAAAUUGUUUAGCCUCAAGCAUAACUUAACAGUCCAUAUGAGGAUACACACGGGAGAGAAACCAUAUCAAUGCAAAGAAUGUGGCAAAUGCUUUGGUUACACCAAAUCCCUGGCAAAGCAUAUGAGGAGUCAUACAGGAGAGAGACCAUAUCAGUGUUGUUAUUGUGGCAAAUGCUUCACUCAGAAGUUUAGCCUGAAAGAACAUAUUAGUAUUCACACAGGUGAGAAACCAUAUAAGUGUCCCAUGUGUGUAAAAUGCUUCAGGGCAGCACGGUUUCUUAAACAGCACCAACAGAUUCACAGAGAACAACCAUAUUGCUGACUUUUUUGGGGUUAAUGCUUCGCUUGUAAAUCAAAUCAAAUCAAAUUUAUUUAUAUAGCCCUUCGUACAUCAGCUGAUAUCUCAAAGUGCUGUACAGAAACCCAGCCUAAAACCCCAAACAGCAAACAAUGCAGGUGUAAAAGCUUGUAAGAAAUGAGGAUGAACACAGUGUGAGAAACAUGACAUUGCUGCUUAGGGCAAAAUCUUUCUCUCACUUGUGCAGUAAGACCUUUCGAUUCUGAGCAUGGCACAAAAGUGGAUAGUAUGUUUUGUAGAACUAGUAUUUUUAGUUGACACAGUAAGCUUUUUAAGUUUGUCCCAACAUAUGAGUCCCCCAUUUGGAUUACACCUUAAAGUCACAGCAAACUAGUACAUUGGUGUUCUCUAAAUACAUAAAGGUUGUCUACAUUUUAAUGGGAAAGUGCUUCACAUUUGUAGACGUGCUACCUUAUACCUGUAGUGGCAGGACAAACAAACCCAUCAGGUCAAUGAUCUUGGUUUAAUAUACAGUGCCUUUGGAAAGUAUUCAGACCCCUUGACUUUUUGCACAUUUUGUUACAUCACAGCCUUAUUCUAAAAUUGAUUAAGUAAAUAAAAAUCCGUAGCAAUCUACACACAAUACCCCAUAAUGAUAAAGCGAAAAGAAAAAAAAAUGCAAAUGAAAAAAAGAAGGGGAAAAAAUACAUUUUUUUACGUAAGUAUUCAGAGCCUUUGCUAUGAGACUCAAAAUUGAGAUCAGUUACAUCCUGUUUACAUUGAUCAUCCUUUAGAUGUUUCUACAACUUGAUUGGAGUCCACUUGUGUUAAAUUCAAUUGAUUGGACAUGAUUUGGAAAAGCCUGUCUAUAUAAGGUCCCACAGUUGACAGUUCAUGUCAGAGCAAAUACCAAGCCAUGAGGUCAAAGGAAUUGUCCAUAGAGCACCCAAACAGGAUUAUGUUGAAGGAACCGGGAAGGGUACCAAAAAAUUCUGUACCAUUGAAGGUCCCCAAGAACACAGUGGCCUCCAUAAUUCUUAAAUGGAAGAAGUUUGGAACCAAGACUCAUCCUAGAGCUGUCCGCUGGCCAAACUGAGCACUCAGGGGACAAGGGUCUUGUUCAGGGAGGUGACCAAGAACCCGAUGGUCACUCUGACAGAGAUCCAGAGUUCCGCUGUGGAGAUAGGAGAACCUUCCAGAAGGACAACCAUCUCUGCAGAAUUAUAUCAAUCAAGCCUUUAUGGUGGAGUGACCAGACGGAAGCCACUCUUCAGUAAAAGGCACAUGACAGCCUGCUUGGAGUUUGACAAAAGUCACCUAAAUAUUCUCAGACCAAGCUUGUUUUUGCUUUGUCAUUAUGGGGUAUUUUGUGUAGAUUGAUGAGGAUAAAAACAAUGUAAACACAUUUUUAGAAUAAGGCUUUAGCCUAACAAAAUGUGGAAAGAGUUAAUAGGUCUGAAUACUUUCCAAAGGCAUUUUAUAUUGUGAAUGUAUUGAGGAACAAACAUGCACAACAUUGUAGAAGCCCAAAACAGUGUGCAUAACAGAAACAGACAUUUUCAAGCAUAUGCAGUUGCCAUCUCAUUUUGUUUUGAAUUAUACACAACGCGUAUUAGUGACUAUCUUCUAGCUGUACAGAAAGCAGCACAUAUUUGGUUUCAACAAGGCUCCUUGUUCAAAUGUUGGAGUGUCACCUCACCAGCUCUAGUCUGCCAUGACCUCUUAUAUCUGUGUAGUGGGUUUGACACCACUGCAUGGUGUUCUUUCUCAUCAACCUGACAUGGCCCCAGUCCAUGUAAUGCCAUGCUAUAUUGUUGUGAGCAUCUUAGAGUGGAUUGGUAUAUCAUGCUUCUUGUGAAUAAAGCUUUUUAUUAUUAAUCAUGUUAUUUAAUUUCAAGCUGUUAUAGAAGGCUAUUUUAUUUCUCAAAUAAAUACAGGUUCUCAACCUUUAUUUAUUAUUAUAAAUACUAUCAGGUAUGGUAUUUCACAUUACUGCAUAACUUUUACUGUGUGUUGGAUUGGCAUAUCCCAAAAACAUUCCUUAUCCCAGAUACUUCAACUGGUGACUAUCGCGGAGAAUAAAUAUGUUUCUGCAGAAAUCGGAUUUAUUGACAGUACAAACAAUUGGGUUUUAGUGCUCCUUAUUCUUUAUUCAGUUGAAGUAUCCUGAGGUAUGGAAUGUUUUGGGGAUUUUCAAGUCCCUCAGUCGAGCACCGGAUCCCCCAUUUUUCGUUUCAAUUGGGCUGAAGCGUGUUUGGGUAUACCUUUUUUAUUUAGAGCGGCAUCUGUUUGGGACCAACACUAUCCAGGAGAUGGCGGUGUUUUGCGUGUACUUCUCGCAUUAAUUCAUGUCACAAUAUUAUAUCAUAUCAGUUAGAAAACAAUGUAAACAAAAUCAUUGAUUGAGUUAAUAAAGCAGCAUACUCGACA